CCGACCGGAAGUUCCCACACGCCGCGACCGGAAGUGGCCUUGCUGCCGGGGUAACGGGACUCGGUAGCCGUGGGGGCGGCGCCGUGAUGGACCGCGAGGAGACGAAAGAGUUUAAAGAACGGUGUUCCCAGUGUGCUGCUGUCUCCUGGGGUCUCACUGAUGAAGGCAAAUAUUAUUGCACUUCUUGCCACAAUGUUACAGAGAGAUCUAAGGAAGUUGUAGACACGGCUGUUCCCAAUACCAAGAUAAAAGCCAUCAGCAGGGGGCUGAAAACUAAAAGAAAGCUUGAAAAAGGCUGUGAUUGGUAUGUGUGUGAAGGUUUUCAGUACAUACUUUACCACCAAGCUGAAGCCCUGAAGACCCUUGGAGUAGGCCCAGAGUUCAAGAAUGAAGUUUUACAUAAUUUGUGGAAGCGCUACCUUGAGAAGAGCAAGCAAGCAUAUUGUAAGAACCCAGUGUAUACCCGUAGAAGGCAAGUGAAGGUAUUAGAAGAUAAUCUGACUCAUUCAGACUGGGCUAGCGAGCCUGAGCUGCUCAGCGACUCUACCUGGGCUCCUGAAAGCGGACCAGAGUCUCUAUCUGACUGGCAGACCUCAAAGCACAUCCCCAGCACCAGAGCAUCGCAGCCAGAGUCGGUGUCUGCCUGUUCGGGCUCUCUUGAUGGAGUAGAGUACUCAGACCGGAAGGAGAAGGGAAUUGUGAAGAUGACAGUCCCGCGAACGCUGGCUUUCUGUGGUCUGGCUCUACUGUGGCAGAGGGAGACAGUUGCUCUUUCAGAUCUUCUGAGAUUUGUUGAAGAGGACCAUAUUCCCUACAUAAAUGCUUACCAGCAUUUUCCAGAAGAAAUGAAAUUAUAUGGGCGAGACAAAGGAAUCUUUAGUGUAGAGGUAAUCUGGCCUGACUAUGAAGAGAUCUACAAAAACAUGAUUGAAGUUGCCAUAUUUUUAGAUUUGCCACGUUUUCCAGACAUAACUGAAGAUUGCUACCUCCAUCCCAACGUCUUGUGUAUGAAAUACUUAAUGGAAGUCAAUCUCCCUGACGAAAUGCAUGGUUUAACCUGCCAAGUAGUAAAAAUGACUGGAAUAGGAGAAGUGGAUUUUCUGACAUUUGAUCCUAUAGCUAAAAUGAAAAAAACUGUUAAAUAUGACGUGCAAGCUUUAGCUGUCAUUGUUGUGGUACUAAAGCUACUCUUUCUACUGGAUGACAAUUUAGAAUGGUCUUUGUCUGAUCUUGCUGAACAGCAUAAUGGAAUGAACGAUGAAGAUAAGCCAUGGUUUGACUUCAGAAAGUGGUACCAAGUUAUGAAGAAGAGUUUUGACAAGAAGAAACAAGCGUGGGAAGAGGCAAGGGCCAAGUACAUGUGGAAAAGCGAGAAGCCACUCUACUACUCUCACAUCGACAAAUCCGUAGUAUAUAAAAGAAGAGAAAUGGUGGAGAACCUACAAAGACAGUUUAGUGCACUGGCUGAUUCCACAUCGACUACUGAAAAAAAAGCCCCUUCCAGCUUCCAGUUCAACUGGACUGCAGGAGACACCUGUUUCCACGGGCACAGCCUCCAGGGAGUCCUGACGAGGAAAGGCCAGGCGCUGAUAACCAAGAAUUCACUGUAUUGGCUCAGUACCCAGAAGUUCUGUAAAAGCUACUGCAAACAUGUGACAACCUACGAAGAGUCAAACUUUUCUCUGAGUUACCAGUUUAUUCUCAGUACCUUCUCCUUCUUGCUGAGAAUAAAGACCUCCCUACUCCAUGAAGAAGUGAGCCUAAUAGAAAAGAAACUGUUUAAAAAAAAAUACAGUGAAGCCAAACAGAGCUCUCCAAGAUCCAAGAGAGUGAGAAAACACUGGAAAAAAUGAAAUGGAACCUUCUUGGAAAAAUAAUGGUGAUGAUGAUGUCCAGUUGUUACAUAACACUCCAGGAAAGUGUGGCAAAUGUAACUAGUGCACAUAUAUUUAUACACAUACAUGCACACAUAUAUAUGUGUCAGAUGUACUUAUGAAAAUACACAUUGUAAAACGGUCUUUGAAUUUAUUUUUUAAAUGAAGUCUUUGAAAAAUUAAAAUGACAAAUUGUACAAAUGGU